CAUAUUUCUUAUCCACUGACUACAAAGCAUCUAUCUCAACCGUUAGCACACUACCGCGUCGCAACUGGACUCCCGGAGCGGCCAGCUUCUAUCGUCCUACGCAUUCACCAUGGAGCAGCGUACGCAGGAUAGUCCUUGGACCUUGCCUAGGCGGCCCUCGAUGGUGCACAUUUCCGACCAGCAUUACCCAGCAUAUUCCCCUACCCAGCCUCAACGCGUGCUAUCCACGUACCCCGCAAAGGUGCCAAAGCCUGGCGCGCUCGCUCCAAAUGGGGCUUGUGUGCAAUACCCCUCAUCUUCGCGCUCAGGCGAGCAGGCGUCGGAAGCUCUUCACACAUCUUGGCCAGGUAGCCCUGCCAUGCCCAGGGCGGCACUGAGGGCAGAGUCAAGAAUGCAGCGUGCUCGAGUAUUUGUCAAUCCUCUACCUCCGGCAUCCUCCUUGCACCAGAACAUGUGCAACAUACGCAUCACGCUCACUGUAUACGGAGACGGAACAGUACCGCUGGCGCACGUUCCUUUGCCCUUGGCUCACUUGCCUCGACAAUCGUGGCCUGACCCUUCUUGCUACAGCCUGUCUCCUGCUUCGCACGUGAGCGAAGGCGCCUAUGACUCUGCUCCACGCACCGUCAACGCUCACUCCACUGUGACGUUGAAAGGACCCCUGCCGGAUAAACGCCUGCUUUUUCCGCCUCCAAUGGACGGUAGAGGUCGCGCAAUGGAUCAUGGAAGAUGCUGGAGUCGACGAGGACUAGGCUACGACUUCGUCACCAUUCUUCCAAACGGAGCUCCAAGAUUCAGCAGUACUAGAGCUCGAUCGACGACGUUCCCCAACACUUCGAAUGUGCCUCCACCCAAGGCAUCUUUGCCUACGACUUCCUCAGAGACGGAGAACAAUGGCUCCGUUGACAUGCUAGACACGCCAAGGAGAAAUAUCGACACUGCUGUCGAGGCUGCACAAUCUGAAACACCAUUGGCCCUCAGACUGGCUCAAUCUCCAGCGGACGUUGCCAAGACACCAUCCUCAGCGCCGGCAGAAGAUGCAAAUUUGGAUCCUCGAAUCAAUCGUUUCUCGCGCCCGAAGCUUCUUCCUCGAGGACCUUGGCUUGGGCAAGAGUACCUCACGUCGAGACUCUCAACCGAGCUUGAUGCGGCAGGAUCAGACACCUCAGAGUCGGACAAGGAUUCUUCUGCAAGCUGCUUCCCUGCUAGUGAAGCUUCUACUUCGGAUUUGGAAGGUGAUGUUCAUCUCGACGUCCGAAGCGGUGAUUCUACAGGUAGUGACUUUUCUGGUUAUCAAGCUGGUGCUGCCGUCGAGAAAGCAAAGGAAUCUGAUGCUGAUUCGAGGCAAGAUCCCUCGGACGCUCUUCGACACCACAAGCGUCGCUCAACAGCCUCGCAGCUAGGACAGCCAUCAGAGCUGAGCGAAUGCAAGGCCGCCGCGAGGGGCAGGUCUUUUUCUGCUCCUAUACCCGGGACGCAUCCUUCUGCCGACAAGAGGCAUCCGCUAAACGGUACCUUUCUACCUGCUGGGACCGUAGCAUUCUUUGGUGUCGAAGGGAGCAGAACGCCCUCGAUGUCCAGAAGCUCUUCGGCCAGUGGCUCGAACGCCGAAUCUUUCGAGUUAUCCGAGCCCAUCUGGAGCUCAUCUGCCGCUUGGGAGCAUUCCAACAAGCGUCGUUGGAGAGUGUCUCUACACUCUAUUGCAUCUCAAUAUUCCUUUACCAACAAAAAACGGGCAACUGUGGAUGAAAAUUCAGAGCCCAUCUUCGAUCGACGGGGUAUAGACGAGAUGAGCGAGAGCGAGAUGGAUACCGAUCCUUUUCUGCCUCGCCUACCCUCCGACCCUCGAGCGACGUUGGAUCCGUUCGCUCCCGAAAACACGAUCGCGGCUAAGCUUACACGUCAACAUCGACUGGCCGAAGAAGCGGAGCUGGAGCGUACCGUUCGAAUCCAUAAGCCCGCAUGGGUCACCAGCGAGCCCAUGAGGCGCAAAAGAUCCUCCUCUUCUUCGUCCAACGAUACAUCUCAAAGCAGCACGAGCAGCAACAAUGCCGUGGUCGAUCACGAGCCUCGUUGGGCAGAUCCCCCUUCGAUGGGAAGGGACAAGGUGUACCUCGACAGCACCACCACGCUGCCUCGCAUCGUCUCUGCACACUACGAACCCGACGCGACGGACCCCGCAUCGAAUCGAGAAUCUUUUCGCCGCUGGGCUUCAGCUUUGGCUGAGCCCGAGGUGCUCUUUCAACGCUACGCAGGCCGGAGCUGAUCGAUGAGCGUUUCUUUUCUCGGGCGAUGAAUGAGGAAAAGCUCGCAAGGGCACCUAUGAAGCC